AUGGAUGAUGAUGAAUUCGGCGCUGACGACGAUAUCCUGGCCGCUCUGGCAGAUGCCCAGCCAGGUCCUUCGAGGCCGCCUCAACAACGGCCUGUCCCCCCUAGAUUCCAGCAGCCUACUCCGCAACGGCUUGAUAGAGCGCCGUCGUCAAACGCCUCCUCAAGUUCAGGUGCCAAGGUUGUGCAGCCCACUCCGCAAGCACUUCCGUCCCGGUCGUCUGGGUCGUCAAUCCUCGUUUCGCCUAGGCAGAAGGGUAACCCGGUGCUGGCUUGCUUGAAAUCUGUUCCGUGGGAGUACAGCGACAUUCUGGCAGACUACGGGCUGGGAUUGACGACUUGCGCUCUUUUUCUGAGUCUCAAGUACCAUCGCCUGCACCCGGAAUACAUUUACACGCGCAUCCGCAACCUGCAGCACAAGUACAAUCUGCGCGUCCUCCUAACCCUAGUCGACAUACCCAACCACGAGGAAUCGCUGCGCGAGCUGGCCAAGACGUCGCUAGUCAACAACGUGACGCUGAUCCUCUGCUGGAGCGCCGCCGAGGCCGCACGCUACCUCGAGCUGUACAAGUCAUACGAGCACGCCGGGUUCGGCGCCAUCCGCGGGCAGCAGGCCACGAGCUACGCCGAGAAGCUGGUCGAGUUUGUGACGGUGCCGCGCAACAUCAACAAAGCCGACGCCGUAGCCCUGGUCAGCACCUUUGGCAGCCUGCGGCACGCCGUCAAUGCCGACCCGGAGCAGGUCGCCGUUGUGGGCGGUUGGGGGGAGAAGAAGGUGAAGAGCUGGUGCAAGGCCGUCGAGGCGCCGUUUCGAGUCCAAAAGGCUGCCAAGAGGAAGGCGACGAGGGUCACCGCUGCGGUGCCCAUUGGAGGCGUGUCUAGCUCGGCGGCGGCGGCGGCAAGGAAGGAGUUGGCUGCUUCAAGAAAUGCAGAUGUCGCCGAGGACGAAGCGGAAGAGGAGGCUUUGAUUGCGGCGGCGGAGGCCACGCCCGUUCCGGCUACGGCUCCGGCCCAGAAGGGCGAUCAUCACUUGAGUGAAGGCGUAGCUGCCGCGUUGGCAAGACUGAGAGAGAAGGGCUAA